CUGAAGCAAACACGUUGUGCUCGGAGGUGCAGAGGGAGCAGCUGCAGAUCGGCAGGCAAACAGACACAAAGGGGGGGCCAGAGUGCGGCACACAAGGUUCCCUGGAAAAUAUUUCUAUGAGCUCUUAAAAAGCAACACUCAGAUUUGCCAACUGAACAGCAGAAGUCAUGUACCAAGUUGUACCAGGAGGAGCAGGAGGCACAAUUACAGAUGUUAUCCCCAAGCAGAAACACAGCAAGGACACUCGACCCUUAGUCGGAGCCGGGGUAAUCGGCCUGGUGCUGGUAGUUGCUGCAGUGACUGCGUGGUGUUAUUAUAUAGCCUCUAUACGCAAAGCUGAGCUGCUUAAGACUCAGCUCCUGGAUCUGAAUAAAGAUGGCUACAUUAUCCGCAACCAGGGAGGGUCUAUUGUAUUCAGAAUGGAUUUCAGGUCAGGUACGCUGGAUUUGGAUUCAUGCUCCAAAGAGGGGGAGAUGCUGAGCUGCGGACAAACCACUGAUAGAAAGCUGAACUUCUUCAUCGAGACGGUGCGGCCCAAGGACACGGUACAAUGCUACCGUGUGCGUUGGGAAGAACUGGUUCCUGACAUUCCUGUUGAGCAUGCCAUGACAUACACGUUUGCACACUGGUAUGGUGGUGCUGUGUCAGCAAUACAACACUGGCCUGUUUCCAUUAAAGGCCAACAGGCUCCCAAACCCUUUGUUACAAGUGACAUCUACGCAAACCGCAAUGAAUUUGGAGGAAUUUUAGAGAGUUAUUGGCUUUCAUCCAAUGCUACAGCCAUUAAGAUAAAUAAUUCAGUACCCUUCCACCUGGGCUGGAAUGACACAGAGAAGACCAUGUCCUUCCAGGCACGAUACAAUGACAGUCCCUUCAAGCCAAACCCAGGAGAGGAGCCAUGUGCUGAACUCAGCUACAGAGUGUGCGUGGGCUUGGAUGUGACAUCCAUACACAAGUACAUGGUCCGCAGAUACUUCAACAAACCAAACAAAGUGCCUGCCAAAGUCAUGUUUCGCCAUCCUAUAUGGUCAACCUGGGCUCUACAUAAGACUGAUAUUGACCAAGAGAAAGUUUUGGAGUAUGCUGCCAACAUACGCAAGUAUAACUUUAACUGUAGCCAACUGGAAAUAGAUGAUCGCUACACAAGGCGCUACGGAGAGUAUGAGUUUGACCCCACUAAGUUCCCCAAUGCCACCGCCAUGUUCCAGAAGCUGAAAUCAGAUGGAUUUCUGGCGUCACUCUGGAUUCACCCUUUUGUUAACUAUGACUCGGAAAACUUUCAUACUUGCGUAGAGAGGGGGCUGUUUGUCCGUGAGCCUACAGGCCAGUUGCCUGCCUUGGUGCGCUGGUGGAAUGGCAUUGGCGGCAUUUUGGACUUCACAAAUCCAGAAGCCCGUGAUUGGUUUUCCUCCCAGCUACGUUCACUGCGUUCCAGGUACGGAGUGUCAUCCUUUAAAUUUGACGCAGGAGAGACUAACUUCUUACCAUGGAAAUUCAGUACCAGAACUCCCAUUCAGGACCCAAGUUAUUUCACAAGACGUUACACGGAAAUGGCUAUUCCCUACAAUGAUAGAGCUGAGCUGCGCAGUGGCUACCAGUCCCAGAACAUAUCCUGCUUCUUCAGACCAAUUGACAGAGACUCUGUUUGGGGCUACGAGUUAGGUCUCAAAUCUAUUAUUCCCACCGUGCUUACCAUCAGCAUUCUUGGCUAUCAGUUUAUUCUGCCAGACAUGAUCGGAGGGAAUGCCUAUUUGAACCGCACAGAGGGAAAUCAUGUCUUACCCGAUCGAGAACUCUAUAUCCGCUGGCUGGAGCUGAUAGCCUUCAUGCCCUCCAUGCAGUUUUCUAUUCCGCCAUGGGAAUACGACAACGAGGUGGUUGAAAUUGCACGAAAAUACACAGCCCUUCAUGAGAGUAUUGUGGCACCCCGGGUCCUGGAGCUGGCCAGUGAGGUGCUGGACACCGGGGACCCAAUCAUACGGCCCCUGUGGUGGAUUGCCACAGGUGAUGAAACAGCCUAUAAAAUCGACUCACAGUUCCUGAUUGGGGAUGACCUCAUGGUAGCCCCGGUUUUAGAGCCGGGAAAGCAAGAGCGUGACAUCUACCUCCCUGCCGGCCGUUGGAAAAGCUACAAGGGGGAGCGAUUUGAUAUCAAGGAGCCCCUCCAUCUCACAGACUAUCCUGUAGACCUGGAUGAAAUUGCUUACUUUGUUUGGGUGUAGCAAGAAGUGAAUGUCAAGCUGAACAUACUUGAUUUAGCCUUUGCUGGAAUUUGCUGGUAAGACAAGCUUCUCAAAUUCAGCUUUUAUGCUUGUUACGAAAAAAGCUUUUCUCAAUAUAUAAAGACUUUUUAAACAACCACUCAUUACAUCACUAAAGUGAAAUUGUUAGGUUCAAACAUGCUCAGAACCUUAUCUUAAUUUUAAUCUAAUUUUAACAUAUGAAUUUUAAAUUCUUUUUUUUGCAUUUUCUUUGUGGUUUUAUGUGAGAUGGCUAAGCAGUACACUCAAUUUUUUUUUACUUUUGUGUAUCAAUUGCUCACUGGCAGCCACUUUACGAAACAUUUCUUAAAAAGGGAAUACUCAAAACUGUGAUUAAGUAAGGCACAGUUGCCAUUGUAUGCCGUAUGGCGUACAGUUGAAUAAGCCACACGGAUUGUAUUUUGGGAGGCAAUUGAAUGGGUGUCAUUAGGCUACCUGAAACCGUCUUCUACGUUUAUGCUCCGAGGUACUUUUCAGGAAGUCAGGUUUAAUGCUUCACUUAUCAGGAUGAAUGCUUGAAGUUUAAUCAUUACAAACUGCAUGUGCGCUCAUUUGUGGAACUCAGUGUCAUGUAACUACUCUUAACGCAGGAGAAGAUGCCUUUUAUUAGGUACUAAAUAUUUUAUGCUCUUCCUCAGGUAACAGCUUUUUCUGGCUGCAGUGAGUUUUAAAGUGUCUGUUUGUGUCUUUGUCUUUAUUGUGCUUGGCUGACAGCUAGGGAGCUAUAGUCAUACUAUAAGCGUAUAAUACAUUGAACACAAUAACCUAAGUGAAAAUGGUCUGGUUACUUUAUACCUUCUUUGUACGCAGUGUGGAAGUCUAGAUGCCAUGAAUUUGACAGCAUUUUAUUAUCAAAUGUUAAUGGCACAGUGUUUUUCUUAAUGUGAAUAUUUUCUAACUAAGUGCCAUGAUAACAAUUACUGCCACAUUAUGUAUGUGAUUUGUUGUUUUGCUAUACAUUGGAUAUUUUAUGUUGUUACAUUUGUUAUGUAAUUUUAUUGUUAUUUUAAUGGGUCAAGUUAAACCUUUACCACAAAUGCCUAAAUGUCUAAAAAUGAUGUCUUAAAACGUCUUAAACAUUUUUUGUAGCUUAAGCUCCAAAUACAUCAUGCAUGUGAUAUUGCAAAUGCACAGAUGCAACGGAUAUUGAUUGUCUUAUCAAACUCGAUGUAAGGCAGCAAGUGACUAUACUUUCAAAGUUAAACCAAUAAAGAAUAGUAUUGGUUACAUUGUCCAGCCAUAGAAAUAAAGGCUUUUGAAUCCCAGACCCUUUAAUUCUAACAUUAAAAUCCCUAUGAUUCCUAUGGUAAUAAAGUUUGGGUGGAUUCUGAUUAGCUUUGAAGCGGCAAUAAAGUGUUACUAGGAAGUAAUGAAAGGAAACGUCCACAUUAUUAUGGUGCAAUGAUCUCAGUUGGCAUUUUUUUUUUGUUGAAAGCUAUCUUAAUGGCUUACCUCAGUGGAUUCUGUUGACAUAGUUUCAUCAUAACAACACUCCCUAUUUAUAGCAGUUUCAGCAUCUGGGCCAGGCCAGCCUCUGAGGCUAUUUCUGUUUCAGACGGUCUGCUUUACGACGAGACUGAGAGGCAGUAUUUCUCGGACUGAAUGUUUCUGCCUUUUGGCUCUUUCGACUUAGCGUGUGUCUUUGCCUUGAGUUAUUGUAACUGAACAUUGCAUUCAUGGCAAUAGUGCUUUUUUUAUGUCAUUUUGUAUGAAUGUAUUAAAGGAAAUCCUGUUUGCAAGCA